UGAGACUAUUGCUGGAUAAAUUCAACUUCUCCUCGCUUUUCUGUUAUAGAGGGGAUAAAAGAGCAGAUAUGUAUCAACGAGAACAUUAGCAAACAACCAUUACCAACUUGCCAAAGGCUAUUAGAAUGGGUGGCCAUUCUUGUGUAACUGAAAUAAAUACAAUAUAGAAUACAAGCGGAUAGCUACAAGGCGCAUAUAAUAUAAUAGGAUUACAACUUCGGAUUCAACGUUUUCACAAUAAAAUGAUUGUGAAUUUGAUUACCUUAUUAUCUCACCAGGAACCGACCAAAGUACUAGUAUACUAAUAGGGUCGAAGGUUUUACAAGUCAUGGUCAGGGUACAGAAAUCAGGAGACAUUGUUUGUCUUUAAAGCCACCUUGACUUCAUUAUUCCAUUCUUUAUUGUCUAUUUCAAAUAAAAAGAAUAUAUAUGAAGGACAUCCAUUAAUGAAUUAGUACGCCUAACUCAAAUUACCCUUUCCAUAGCAUAAGGAAAAUCAGUUAGUUUCCCAAUUUUCAACAUGUUGUACAAAAACUCCCUCACUAAAAAUAAUAAAUUCCACCUAAAAUAGGAAAAAUAAGUAGGAAGACAAAAAGGACUGGAACAAAGCCUCAUUUUGGAACAAACUCCAUUCUCAAGACCAUAUUCAAAUUAAACCAGUAAUUUCAAUGUUACUUCAUAUUUUAAUAGCCCAAACCUCCUACUUUUAAGACAGACAAAUACGGCAAAAUAGGACAAACUUUUACGGACUAAACAAUUCAGGGUGAAUGACUUGUACAGAGUCAAUACAGACAUAUAUACACAAUUAGGUCACACCAAUUUGUUGUUUCUCGGAUUUUUUUGGGGAAUAAAUAUUGGAUUCUUUCAAAAAGUCUGUGGUGAAGACUGUCUAAAUAACACAAAAAAAAAAGUCUGAGGAGUUUUAUACAAAGAAUGACCUCCUUUAUGUAGUUGGGUGUAAACCAUGCAUAACUGUCAUACAAGGAUAUACGGUGAAUUAGAAAUGUUCAUAUGGGGCCCUGUAGGGGGGAUAUAAGGAUACUUGCAAAAGGAAUUGCGACUAUUUUUACACAUUUUUAUUGUUGCUUUCUAAUGUCAUUAUGAAGGUACCUUACUAAAUAUCUACGAUGUCGUACACAAUGAAAAAAGGCUGGGUAUUGUGGCUAUCAGGACACCACAAAUGUUACCAUUUAAUAGAUGGGGCACGGGGAUGCAGAAUUACUUCAUAUAUAUUGAAAAUCUAUCUAUAAGUCCAUAACAAAGGUCACGAACAAGGCUAUUUUUACAGGCUGAUGUGCAUUAAACUUUUUUUAUCAAUUAACAAACAGGUACACUGUAUACUGCUAUGGACAAACUGCAGUAUACCAGUGGUGUGUUAGUACAAAUGUAUACCUGACCAUUAAUACCAUAAGAACCACUACAUGAAAACUCAAAUUUCCGGAAAUGUCUGAACCCUGGCACUCCUCUGAGACUUGACAUAGAUAUAUCUAGGAAUAUACGGGAACAUUCGAAUACCUGAGAAGGUGAAAAUGGCCUGGGCCCGGUUUCAAGUUCAACGGGUGUAUCGGGACCAAGAUUUUACCUGAAAUUUGAGUUUAUCAGUGAGCAAAGUCUAUGUCAAAAACUUAUCAGCUGAGGGCCCUGUUAUAAUGGAACAGUGCAUCAUAUGAUCUGCAACAUUCAUAAACAUACAACAAAUUAGCUAAAACUAUUGAAACACAUAUUCACAAAAAGGACAUCAAGUUAUGUUUUGUUGGACUGGUGAUACAAUAAGCAGACUCAGAUUUAAAACUUAUAAGCUUUAACAGAUUUUGGUCAUGCCUAAAGCUUGGCAUAUCGGGUACAAAAACUCUCCCAUGUCUUUUUUCACUUUUGUAAAAGAUAUGCUAUGCAAUUUGACACGUUUCGAAAAAAUCAAUUUGCACAUGUGAUUAUACCAAAGAUGGUUUGCAAUGCCUGUAGAAAAAGGAAGUAAUGUUAUGGUGUCUGUAAUGGGCGGAUGAAAAUGGUAUGUGGUUUAAUUGCUGUAGCUUUGAUGAUCUUUGAUGAUUUGAGAUCAGUUAGACAGACAGGCCUUCAUCUUGUCUGUUUGCUGCCUUUGACUGUCCGGAUUACCCAGCCCUUACUGACAACUCAAGAGGAUCCCAGAAUCUCUAGUCAAAUUGACUGCGAGAACAAGCCAGUGCCAUGAGCUAUUCCAGCCAAACCUUCAAGAGCCCACUGUUUGCGUAUUUUGUCCUACAUGUACGUGGACUCCAGUUCCUGUUAUGUAAUGUGGUCUUCUAGCUUGUUGGCUGGGCCGAAUGCUUCCACACAUUUUGGCUCAGAGAAGUAGACCUAGAACAACAGUCAUUUGACUUUACCGGCCGGGCCACCAGUCAAUAUAGUGAUGUGACUUGUGUGUGACCAAACGGUACUGUGGUUGUCAGGGCUGAAAGGUCAUCUGUCUGUGUCACUGUGUUCUCACACAAACACAAACAAACAAACCAUCAGCGCACUGCACUUUUUACCCGUAACAGUAAGGAAGUCAAAGUCCUUUGCGCAUGACACAAUGGCAGCUCCAAUCUCCGUUCCUAAGCCCUCGGUCCGCAAAACUUUUGGCAAAUUACUACAGCGGGGCUAGUCUGCUGUUAGUGACCUGUAUAUCAAAUGUCCUGAUAACCCCCAUACAUAGCCUUUGUCAUUAUUUACUACGAAAUAAAUGCACACAAUGAUUUAGUAGGUAAUACACUAGUCUACGAUAAAUAAGCAACAAUAAAAAUGUGUAAAACCAUAAUAAAUCCUUUAUCAAGUAUCCUUAUAUUCCCCAUACAGACUUCAAAUCAACAUUUCUAAUUUGUUGUAUCAUUGUAUGACAGUUAUGCAUGGUUUACACACAACUACAUAAGUAGUUGCCAGAACUUACCUCAUAGUGAACCUUUAUUACCUGUUUUAUUAUAGUGCCACCCCCCCCAAAAAAACAAUAAAGACCCCCCUCUCACCGCUCGCGUUAUGAAUGACCCAAUUAGACUACGACUGUUCCUCUCUCCAACAACAGUAAAGCCAACACCAAAGCCACUGCGCAUAGAAUAUAUUGCGCCUUAGAAAUGGCUAAAAUUCACAGAGAUGAAAACUCUACUCUUUGUGAUUCUGGUAACCCCAUAGAACACCAUUUUAACUUCAAUGCUUCAUCUUCAACUUUUGGUCUGUAAAACUAGAGAACCCAUGCUAUGAAUACAUACAAAACUUAUGUUCGUAUCUUUAUCACAUUUGUCAGGGUAGCCUACGCAAUUUCAAUAAUUUUCAGCCAUAAAUUGUUUGAUUUCCGAGGGUCUCUGAGGGGGGUCCCAGAAUGCCAUAACAAAAAAUAGCUGGAGGGUUUGAACUAUAUGGCUGUUCAUAGUUCCACACCUAUCACACAUACAAAGUAUGAGACAAUUUGGCUGACCCCCAUCUUCCGACCUCUGCUUUGUUUUCUCAUGCAAUGACUCUUAAAAAAGUGUGUCAAUAAAAACUUUUGCCAUGGCAACAGUUUUAUUAUUUAUAAGUAUUAAGGAUUGUUGUUGUAGGUGUGUUGUAUUGGUCUUCUAUCCUUUCACCCGGUUGUAUGUAUGAAGAUUAUUUUACGCGAUGAAUGUUUUUAGGGUAUUACUGUUAACAAGAAAGGUGAUACGCUGUGACGAGUGAUCUAUCAUAAAUCAGGGCUCAAAAUACUUUUUUCUGCAUACUUGCACUGGUGCAGGUAACAUUAAAAAUUACCUGCACCAGACAAUUUUUACCUGCACCACUCUCAUAUUGAUUUUUCAUCUCAAAAGCAAUAAAAAUACACUUUCAAACAUUCCUUAAGUCUAGUGGUAAAACAUUAGUAAUCAAAUAUCAUCUCCCCUUUAAAUAAAAAUUGUAGUAGGUGCUGUCAUGGAUGCACAGGGAAAGCCGGUCAUCGAGGAUAUGAACCAGUCCCCACCCGUUGCUGUGGUCCAGGCACUUGACCAGUCCCCGCCGUCUGCUGUGGUCCAUGCGCUUGACCAGUCCCUGCCGUCUGCUGUAGUCGAGGCACUUGACCAGUCCCUGCCGUCUGCUGUAGUCGAGGCACUUGACCAGUCCCUGCCGUCUGCUGUAGUUGAGGCACUUGACCAGUCCCUGCCGUCUGCUGUAGUUGAGGCACUUGACCAGUCCCUGCCGUCUGCUGUAGUCGAGGCACUUGACCAGUCCCCGCCGUCUGCUGUAGUCGAGGCACUUGACCAGUCCCCACCGUCUGCUGUGGUCCGGGCACUUGAACAGUCCCCGCCGUCUGCUGUAGUGCAGGUUCUGACACCUCCUGCUGUCGUCGAUGCUCCAAGUGCAACAAGUGUGCCACAGCAGCUGGGAGAAAAACCUGGAAAGAGGCAAAGGAAAAGGAAUUACACCCAAGAGCGCCAGACAAAGUGUAAGAAAAGAAUACAAGCAAAGGUCUUGAAGCUUAGUUCAGAACCAGCAGCUCCUUCAUGUAUCUUCAUUCAUCAGAGUAACAGUUCUACCACCCUCUCUGGACCAUCCCACAUGAAGGAAUUCAUCAAUGAUCCUUACAUCGUGCAGAAGUUUCAAGACUUGGACAAGAAGAGACCAACAAGCUUAAAGCCCUCAGGAACACAUCCAGCUAAAGAAGAGGAAGAUGAAGAUCUUGCUAAUAGAAAAGAGCUGCUGAAAUAUGAUGUGGACAAAGACUUGAACUGCGAAAAUAUGAGGAAGGUUGUGUCCUCAAUUGCCAAAGAUAGGAAACCCUUCUGGACCAAGAAGGAAAACCGGCCAAUCUGGUGGCCGCAGGACAUACCUUUUGCCAGUCCAGAUAAAAAAUGUAUGGACAGAGGGGACAAAAAAACAAAGUUCUGGGCGCCGGAACUUAAGGAAAUCAUAAGGGCGUUCCAACAGUGCAUUUCGGACUACUUGAAGAGGUCCUGCAGUGCCGUCAUGGAAACACCCCCACCUGUUGAAGCAGAGGCUGUUGACCCCCCUGCUGUUGAACAGCCUUUAAGGGAGGUUGUCGAGACAUCCGUGGAUGUGCUGGAACAGUCGGGAAUGACAUCUGAAAUUGAAAAGUCGGACGUUAACACCAAAGAUGUCCUCAAGACACUGAAUGACGCAGAGGACUGGGGAAGUUUUCUGGCAAUGUGCCAUACCCUAGAUCAAGAUGUGAAGGCACCCGAACAAGUAUCACAUCAGACAUCAAGGGGCACGACAACAAGGUAUGCUAACAUUCCGGCCAACCAUGCCGCAAUUGAGAUAGUGGGCGACGGGAACUGUCUCUUCAAUGCGGUCAGCACGCUGCUGACCGGAAGCGACGACCACGCAGCAGUGCUGCGCCUGGGUGCCACAAUAUACGGGGCUAUCCAUGCAGAACACAUUGUUGAUCAGUAUAUCAGCGCUGGUGUGGACAAUGUGGGAGCAGCAGAGAUGCUCAUGGGCACUGUGUCAACUGAUGCUGUAGUAGCAUCGUGCACUGCUACAGACACCAGGGGAAUUCUAAGGCACACAAUCCAAGAAGAGGCAAGAUCGACUGCAAAGCUCGGGGCAUUCUCUGGAAUUCUGCAGUUGUCAUUUUUAUCUGGCUUCUGUGGUUAUGCCCUUACUCUUUACUGCGAGGAAAAGGCAAUGUUAGGGUACAACAACCAAACUAUGGCACCAUGCGGGUGUGACGAGCAAGAGAAUGUCAUGAAAGGGGAGCUCAAGUUGAUGCUGGUACGCACAAGUACAAGGUCACUAAACCACUUUGUGGGUCUAGUGAAGUCCAGCGGGAGGAUUACAAGACAGGAGACUGCCAAGCCCGAGGGUACUUCUGCUGCUGCUCACCUUCCUGGCAUGGAGGCAGCUGAAAAGUGUGCAGCCACUCUGACACUGGGAUGUGCAUACGAGGAAGGGGCCAUGACUGGUGCACGCAAGGAAGGGGCCAUGACUGACAUGAUCCAGUGUAUGUCAUGUCAGUCAUGGUACCACUUCAAGUGUGUACCAAUCCCAGCACCGAACAAGUGGAAAACACUGGAGUUUCACUGUUGUGCCCGAAACAGGACCCUGGUCUUUGAGACGGUUCCCAACAUCACGCUGCUGAAAAAUCUCACGUUCGAACAGAACAGCCGAUGGAAGGUUAAUGUCACAUUGGCUGAUGUUGUAAGCCUACGACCAAACUACUGGGUGACCAGCGGGAUAGUAGACUUCUAUGGCAGGCAACUUUCAUACGGAAUGUCUGAAAGAGUACAGACCAACAUCCAGAUAUUUGAGUCCACCUUCACCCAAGAGCUGAAGCGUGGACGCUAUGCAGCACAGGGGCACGCCAUGGAAGGACUACAAUUCAUGUUAAUUCCAGUUUGCAGCCAAAACCACUGGAAGGUUCUGUGUGUACAUGUAGCUGUAUCAAACAACCCUAAAAGGAGUCAGCUGUUAGUGCUGGACAGUCUUGGACAUGGAAAAGCAAAUGGAGAUGAUGUAACUGCUAUCAAGAGAUAUCUGUCUGGUGCAUCUGGACAGGAAUGUGAUGAGCUACAGAUCACAAGUGUGAAGGUACCUCUUCAAAGAAAUGGCAGUGACUGUGGUGCACAUACCAUCUACAAUAUGGCAUGGAUUGUUGACAACUACAAAGAGUUUGCUGUGACCAGGACAAUCCCGGACAGGCCACAGAAGGAUGUAGGGCCAUACAUGCGCAAGAAGAUCAGGAAUGAUCUUUACCACUGUAUGGAUUUAAACAUGGCUGAACCAUUGGUUACCUCUUCUUGUUAAUAGCUUCACUCAAGCUUCUAUAGUAUAUAUAAUUCUGGAUAUGUCAAGUAUAUCGAAAGUGUAGUACGGGUAUCACAAUGUACAAUUAGAAUAUAUAGUGAAGGCUGUAUUUACAUACCCGUGGUAAGGCUGAAAUAUGAAAAGCUGUUCAAUAAGACAUUGUUUUUUAUCCAAGUUCCUCAUGUACUAUACUGCAUGGACUGAAGUUAUCUGUUGGAUGAAGUGUCCAUACAUCUUCAUGGAAGUACUUUUCAGAAGUUCUUAAGGACACGCCAAAUUUAAUUUGUUUGUUUGUUUGUUCUCAAAAAGGCUGGGGCAAAGGACUAGUUAAUACAAAACAUCAAGAACGAUAUGUUUCUGGCUUGAAGCAAACAAACACUAGUACUGUAGUACUACACUACUAGUAGCUGUAUCUGUUUGUUUCAAAGUACAUGUACCAUAAGUACAAGUCUUAUGUUGUACUUGCAUACUUCAGGAAUGAAACCUUUGCUGCAUUGAUAAAAGAACCCACAUUGUAAGGAGCUUACUAGUAUAUAUAGAGGCACUAAGGUCAAUUUUCUGUACUGAAAAGUUGUUGAGUGGCUUUAUUUCUAAUGGUAAAAAACUUACAACAUGGAAGGUGUGAAAUUUUUUUCUUGAUUUUGGAAAAUAUAGAUGCAGUUAAUUCUUACUGUGGCCUAUUAAAGGUCAUGUUAAUUCAAUUAUCUGCAUGAUAUCCUCUGGGAAAUGAAACUGAUGGGCCCGAAUAAUAAAAGGGUUGCCAAAAAAGGUUGUCUACAUUAUGAAAUCUACAUGUAUGUGGUCAGGUAGGUAGAACAUGACAGAGUAUGGUACACUGAACAACAAAUCAUUUUUGUGCUUUCCAACAUCCUCCUCUGACUUAAUUGACAUUUGUAUUCAUUUUCUGAUGUUUUGGCAAUCUAUGGGCCAUUCUUCAGCUGCUGAACAGUUACAUUUUUUUUUAGAUUAAAUGUGUGCACAGAUGUCAUGCAUAUAAUAAGAUCAUCAUUUAACGUAUCUUUUAACUAUCAUUGUAUAAAAAUUGUAGGUAAUUGUGUAAUACUGUAAAUACAAAAAUGUUCUUGGUGGUUUUAUGUACACGGUUUUCGCGGUGACCGCUUUAUCGCAAACUCAAAACCACCAUGUUUUUGUAUUGUCCACACCUACCCUGUCCUAGAGCUACAUGUGAUACUAUACAUUAUACAGUAUUAUGAUGUGUUGGAGAUGCCUGCUAUGGUGAAGACGCAUGAAUAUAUGCAAAGUACAAUUUGAACACAGACCCAGUCUUAGAACAUUGAAUACAAAUUCAAAAGGUGCUAGGUAUCCAGAGGAUCGCUCAGUAAUAUUUAGCUCAGUGACAGUUGAUGAUCACACCAGCACUGCCAAAAGGGACUGUUAUGACCGCCUGAAGCAGUCUUGCCUAUCGCAAUAAAGUAGUUGCUGCAUGACUGGCUGUCCAUAAAAGUCUGUUAAUCAGGCACUAGGGUUCCAUUACCAUAUAUUAUGUGAAAUUAGUGCUAUUGCAAACUCAAACCGACCACGAACAAAAUUCCCAUGAAAAGAGUAUUUACAGUAAAGUGUGAGUAGAGAGAUGAUUCUGUAUUCCAUUUUCUCGCUGACAGAAAGGAAUAUGAUAGGAUGAGAAUACAUACUUUUACCAUGUACAUUGCCUUUUGCGACUUAAUAGUAAUUAAAGGUUAAGGUUUAAGUAACGAGAAACAAUAGAAUUCUGUAUAUUGUUGGCAAGUUUAACUGCUUUGAUCUGAUGUAAAGACCCAUGCUGGUGUUCUUUUUGUGGUAAUGAUGACAGGUCCUCCACGUUUUUACCAGAACAGCAUUUUUCUGUGACCAUUCAGAUACAAUUUUUUAAAAAUUCGACAUACACCUGUCAGCUCAUAUUCGCUGUCUUGUUACUUUUAUCAUGUUUUAAGGCCAGUAUGCCAUAUGCAAAUAUCAGGUUUAUGGCAUAAAUUUGAUUAUGCAAUUAGUGAAAGGGAAAUAGCUUGUGUUUUGGAGUUCUGAUGUAGUUCUUGCACAUUGAUAAGAAAUGUACAUGUAAGUGUCAGGCAUUAACUAAGUCGUGUUUUGAUGCCCUGCUGAGUGAUCAGGAACAGUAUAUUUUACUUUUGAAUAAAGACUUUAGCUGGCA